AUGGCUAGUAAAGAACGCUUGAACCUAACAGGAUAUAUUUUGAACUGGCAAAGGACUUUUAUGUGGUCUUAUACAGAUGUGUUUAUAGUUGCUGUAUCGAUAUCGUUUUCUUAUAAAUUGAACCAAUUAAAUGAGAGAGUCAAACAUUUAGUACAGAUGAAGAAGGAAAAGGCCGCUGCACAGUCUCUCACAAACCCCGUCAACAUGCCCGCCCCGAUGAAGCCUCGGAUCCAGACAAACCCCGAGGAAUUUUACCUGUUCCCUUGCAACGAGGCAAAUAUAUACGUAUGGAGGCAUGCCAGAGAACAAUAUGCUAAGCUAACACACUUGUUUUUAAUAAUAAAGAAGAAACUUUCAGCACUACUUCUAAUAUCUUUUUCUGCGAAUCUCUACUACAUUCUAAUACAAGUUUAUUACAUGUUGACUGGAAGGGCUGAAGGAUGGGAAUUGGUGUAUUUGCUCUUGUCGUUCAGUUUGAUUAUAAUUCGAUUGAGUAGCGUAUGCUAUUAUGGUGGAGUAUUUAUUAUUCAAGUAAUGGAAAUAAUUAAAAUGUUGCAUUCAGUGGACAGUUGCAUUUACAACAUAGAGAUAGAGAGAUUUAUAACACACGCGUCAAAACAUCAGAUGGUGUUAACAGGCAUGAAUUUUUUCGCUAUAACCCAGAGUCUGAUGUUGAAGAUGGCAACAGCAAUUAUGGCUUACGAACUCGUAAUUAUACAGAUGUAUCAGCAAAGGUAUAGCUCAAUAUAACGAUUCCAGAAAUUUACAGUUAUUAAAUUUCUAAUUCAGA